AUGCUGGACAUCGACGACGCUAUUCCUGUGCUGCCAUCGACACCACAGUCGAGAAGGGCGCCUAAGAGGAAGGACAGUGUCCUGGUCGACACGGUCCCUGAAAGUCAGGAUCCUACUCCUGACAACUAUUCAGUCUACAGCUCCGACGGCCUCGGUUUGGAAUCUCGGGCGCGAAUCAGUCGAGACGGCACUAUCGAUCUCCAGUUCAACUUCAAAGACAGGUUUCCUGACAUAACGUAUGACUCUGCGUCAGAUGGGGACGACUGGAGUGCAGGUAGAGACUCGAGAGCUGACCAGAGCUGUCCGCCUUUGAACAUUGUCAUCAUGCUCGUCGGAAGUCGAGGUGAUAUCCAGCCUUACGUCGCACUCGGAAAGGCCCUUAGAACAGAGGGGAAUAGGGUCAGAAUAGCCACCCACCAAGCUUUCGAGAAGUUCGUGCUGGACCAAGGGCUAGAAUUCUUCAAUAUUGGAGGGGACCCCCAAGAUCUCAUGAGUUAUAUGGUUAAGAACCCAGGACUAGUCCCUGGAUUUACGUCUCUGACAAAUGGCGAUAUCAAACGGAAACGCAAGAUGCUGAAAGAGAACCAGAUGAUCCACGCGUGCUGGACGUCGUGUAUCGCACCAGAACCUCUCACGAACCACCCAUUCAUUGCAGACGCGAUCAUUGCCAAUCCUCCGUCUUUCGCUCAUAUCCAUUGCGCUGAAGCGCUGGGAAUCCCGCUGCUCAUGAGUUUUACCUUCCCUCACCCCCUGGUCAACAUCACACAAACCAAUGCCAGCUUCGGAUUGAGCAACUACCUCAGUUAUGCUGUGGCUGAUCUCCUCACUUGGCAAGGCAUCGGGGACCUUAUCAACACACUGAGAACAAGGACGUUGGGGUUGGCACCCCUGACUCUGAGAACGGGACCUGAUCUGAUUGACCGAUUGAAGGUCCCGUGGACCUACUGUAUGAGUCCCGCACUUGUUCCUAAACCGAAGGAUUGGAGGAACAAUGUCGAUGUCGUUGGCUUCUACUUCCUUGACCUCGCCACGGAGUACGAGCCAUCACCCGAACUGGCCGACUUUCUGAGUAGAGGACCUCCCCCGAUCUACGUUGGAUUCGGCUCGGUGGUGGUAGAUGAUCCUAUCGCACUCUCGAAAAUCAUUUUCGAGGCGACCGCUCAGGCUCACGUCAGGGUCUUACUGUCUUCCGGCUGGGGAGGCCUGGGAAGCGAAGACGUUCCACCGCAUGUGUUCAUGCUCGGAAAUAUACCCCACGACUGGCUGUUCAGUAACGACCGGGUGGCAGCUGUCGUCCACCACGGAGGGGCAGGAACUACCGCGAUUGGCAUCGCAAAAGGUCGACCAACUGUAAUCGUCCCCUUCUUUGGCGAUCAAGCGUUCUGGGGUCUGUACCCUGCUUCUUUUAAAGCAAAUAUGAUCUUAUUGUUGACCCUGACAGGCGAUAUGGUUUAUCGAGCGGGAGCGGGUCCAAGGCCAAUUCCUAAAGCUGAAUUGACGGUGAAGAAACUGAGAGAUGCGAUCGUCUUUGCGCUUAGUGCUUCGGCCAAGGCUAGUGCACAAAAUUUGGCCGAUCGGAUUGCUCUUGAGGACGGCGUGCGAAGUGGGGUGGCGAGCUUUUACAAGCACCUGCCUUUGAACGAUAUGUCAUGCGAUCUUGACCCGUCGAGGAUCGCUGUUUGGUGGUCCAGUCAAUACUGCAUGAAGCUGAGCGCCUUUGCUGCUCAAGUUCUCGCAGAUGCAGGAUUACUGCUCAUGGAUUCGCUGCAAUUGCAUCAAACCAAGUCGUACAGUUUGAAGAAACAGGUGUCUGAUCCGGUCCCCAAUGGCGCAAAUGCAAAGUUUUGGACAAUCACGCAUAAUGGGUCGAAUACUCUUUCCGAGAUGUUAACUUCUCCAAUUCAGAAGUUCGUCAAUACGACAUCGACUAUUCCGACUACAAUCAUGAAGUCAAUAUCGACAGUUCAAGAGAGAUUGCCCAACAUCCCUGACACUCUGAAACUUCCAAGUUCAAGAUCGAAUCCUUCUAGUCCUGGCCACAGUAGAAGCUCGUCUGUCGACGCUGCAAGAGUACUAUCACCACCACAGGCACCCAAAAAGCAGGCUCCAGAGCACACUCGCAGUCUCUCAGCAUCCACCCCCCUCGUGACAUCCCCCAACAAACUCCGAAAACCACCUCCACCCGUACUCUCCGUUGUAACCGCAACGGACACCAGCCACGACGCCUGGAAAUCCACCCAAACAGACUCAAGUCGCAAAGCGCAAGAGGGGAUUCGAGAUUUCAGGAUUGAGCAGGGGAAAGAGGCCGUGCGGAAUAGUCUCGAGGAGGAGAGGAACGAGAUUAUCUCCAAGUUCAAGAGGGAGAUCAACUUCACGCCGAUACGCCAGAAGAAGUAUAGGGAGGAGGCGGAAAAGGAGUUGUUUAAGGAGAUGCAGAGGAAGAAGAGGAUGGAUGGGCCGUUGCCUCCGUUACCGCCUUCGUAUGAAAGUGUGAAUGGGGCUGAAGUUGGAAGGGGGGUGCAAGGGGAAUCAGAACGGUGGGCGGAGCUGACGGAGGAGCAGGAAGAGGAGAUCUACAGGUGGCAGCUCGAGCAAGCGAUCAAGCAGUCCCUGAGCGAGUUUAGGGCGAACGAGGAAUUACGCAAGGUCAAAACGGAGUGA